AUGUCUUCCUCUCUUUCCAAAGCAACAAUACUAAUAACUGGUGCUGGCAUCGCCGGACCAACCCUCGGCCUCCAAAUCCUGGCCCACCCUCUCCUCGCUGCUGGCUUUCACCCGCUCCUCCUCGACCGCCUACCGCUUCCUCCCGCACCAUCAGCGUUCGAAACCGGCGCUCCGCCCUACGCUUCCGGCGCUUCGCCCUACGCUUCCGGCGCUUCGCCCUACGCUUCCGGCGCAGGCGUAGUUCUCUCUAGCAACGACUUACACUCCCUAUACGCCCUUGGCCUGAAGGGUGACUUCAACACGAUUUCCGAAGAGGGAAUGACAAUGGACAUCUGGCGCGCAGAUAGCAAGAACCCCGCCAGACCGGGCAGGUACCUCAACCGACUGGCGUCCCCAUGCUGGGCGAAAGAUGUGGAUUCUGGGCUUAGAACUGUUGAGAGGGCGAAGCUGCAGAGCUUACUGGUGCACAAGUACAUUAGCAAAGGCGGGGAAACUAGGUGGAAUGCGAAUGUUGUGGGUGUGCAACAGACUUCGUCCGGCGUUGAUGUGCUUCUGGAAGGGGGAGAGAAGGUGGCGGGAGAUCUGGUGGUGGGUGCUGAUGGGGUCUGGAGUUCCAUCCGGAGGGCGUUGCUGAAUGGGGAUGAUGAAAGGUGGAAGCCGGAGUAUCAGGGGUCGACGGCAUUGCUGGGAAUCGUGUCGAGGCCCGACGUGAAGAAUUAUGAGCAAUUGGCCGGAAAGGGUCGUAUUGUGGCCCGCAUCGAGUACGAGACGGUACAGCUAGAGGGUUAUAAAGCACAGUUUUCCACCGGGGGUUAUUCGGCGGAGUCGUCGUGGGAGGUUUUGCGGAAGUAUGAAAACGUUUGGCAUCCCACAUAUGGCACGUUCGGGAAUGUAUUCAAAGCUGCCGAGCGGAUGGGCAGAGUGGUUUUCUGGCAGCGCAUCUGGAGGGAAAACGAGAUUCAGGGCCGUAAUAUGGUCCUCGUUGGCGAUGCGGCGAGAUGUAUGGCGCAUGGUCAAGGUGCGAACUUCUCAAUCGAAGAUGUUACAGUUCUUGCCGAUGCCUUGCUCAACAACUCCGCAACAAUCGACCCAAGCACAAAUCAGAAAUCAUUCGAAAACGCUCUGAAGGAGUAUGCAUCACAAUGCGUUCCGAGAUCCAGAAAGGUAGCAAUGCAAUGCUAUUGGAGCAAUAUGAUCAGCCAGGGGGACAAGUGGUGGUCUGGGUGGCUAAGAGACUUCCUUACACGAAAGGUCAAAUGGACACCGAUAAUCGAGAGUAUUGUUCUCCCUAGAUCUGUUGACGGGGCUUAA